GACAAGCUAAAGGGACAGAAGUUGCGGAGCAGAGCUGGCAGGGAAGAGGGAUCUGCCAUGAGAAAAAGUGAGGCAAUAGCUGCUGAAUCAGUAGCAUGUUUAAAUUCAGCAUUGGCCCGUCUUCGCGAUAUCUGGGAAGAAAUAGGCAUACCAGAAGAUCAGCGACUGCAAAGGACCGAUGCAGUUAAGAGACAUGUGAAUCUUCUCCUAACAAGGAUGAUUGAGGAAGAGGAGAAUUUAAAACAGCGUCUCCUAAAGAGUAUUGAUGUCUGUCGAAAAGAACUUAAUACACUAUGCAUGGAGCUUCAACUUCCACCAUUUGAAGAGGAGGAAGAGUCCACUAUUCUUCAGCUGGAAAAGGACUUAAGAACAAGAGUAGAAGUUAUGCUUAAACAGAAAAAAGAAAGAAUGCAUGAAUUGAAAUUAUUAAAGGAGCGCGAUCAAGAUUUGUGUGAUAUUCUGUGUACAUCUCCAUACCACAUUGAUGGUGCAUGUGUUCCAAGUCUCCAGGAACUGGAUCAAUUUAGAAGGCAUUUGGCUGGGCUUUCCGCAGAAAAGGAACACCGGGAAGCAGAAUUUAAAAGUACAAAGAAGCAGAUUAUUCUUUGCAUGGAGGAACUGGAUCGUCUUCCUGACACAAGCUUUGAACGUGAUGUAGUUUGUGAGGAUGAAGAAGCUUUCUGCCUCUCUAAAGAAAAUCUUACAGCAUUGCAAGAACUUCUUAUUCAGUUGGAAGAACAGAAAAUGAAGAAUCAAGUAUUGUGUGAAGAACUAAGGUCUAAAAUUACCGAGCUUUGGGAAAGGCUUCAGAUAUCUGAAGAAGAACGAGAUGCUUUUGCAGAGUAUAUGACUGGAUCAAAAGGAAAGACUAUUAAAGCAUUGCAAGAGGAAUUUGAUCGACUUCAGGAAUUGAAGCUGCAGAAUAUUAAACGUAUUGUUGAAGCAAUUAGGCUGGAAAUAUCAUCUUACUGGGACAAAUGCUUCUAUAGUGCUGCCCAAAGACAAGCUUUUGUACCAUUUAGUAGUGAGGAUUACAAUGAAGAUCUGCUGUGUAUUCAUGAUGCUGAAAUAUCUCGCAUUAAACAAUAUUACGAGUCUCACAAAGAAAUGUUUGAUGGUGUGCAAAAAUGGGAAGAGAACUGGCGUCUUUUCUUGGAAUUCGAUAAAAAAGCUACAGACCCUAAUAGGUUCACAAAUCGAGGGGGCAAUCUGCUGAAAGAAGAAAAGCAAAGGGCAAAACUGCAGAAGAUGCUUCCAAAGUUGGAAGAAGAGCUGAAAACGAGUAUUAUUGCAUGGGAGCAAGAACAGGGACAGGAAUUCUUUGUAAAUGAGAAAAAAUUUAUGGACUAUGUUGCAGAACAAUGGGAGACUUUUCAUCAGGAUAAAGAGAGGGAGAAACAAGAACGGCUAAUGAAGAAGAAUCGGCAGCUUGAGGAGGAAAUGUAUUAUGGCAGUGCACCAAAAACCCCUAAUAAGAGGCGAGUGCCUGGACCCAGUACACCUAGUAGUAAAUGUAGAAAGCUUAAUGGCACCUCCAUCUCCAGUUCCUCCAACAGCACUCUGCGCUCUGCAUUCAGUGGGACGAUGUGCCACUCUCCUGUAUCUCGUCCACCCGUGUGUGGUGGCAAGCCCGGAUUACCAUCACGAACUCCAACCAGAGUGUUCAAAACCCCACAGCCAAAGCGGCUAGAGAAGAACAAAGAGAAUAUGUCCCAGUUGAAUGGAACCGCCAUGAGCGGUGGGUGCUACCUCACAAUUCCUGCUCAACGUAACAUCAGCGUUAACUCUGUUGCAAGCACCUAUUCUGAGUUUGCGCGAGAACUUUCAAAAGCUACAAGAUCUAACAUCAACACCAAUGUUCUGAACUCGACUAUUACGCAUCCGCCAUCGUAGCAGAUAAUGCCCAUUGGAGAAACCAGCAGAGUGUGAGCGGGCGUGGCACCAGUAUGUCUGUACCUCUGGCUUUCCUGGCAGUGCUUAUAUUGGCUGUUCGGUUAAAUGAAGGGUGACUUUUUCCCUCCUACCAUCUUUAUGAGGGUAAACCUGCACCAAAGCCACAUUCUGUCCUCUAAAUAUAAAGCGAGCAACUAUGCAAAUUUUGCACUCUAAUUUCAUCUCUUAGCUAUAUAUAAAUAUAUAAAUUAAACACUCAAAUCGGUAAAUCCUGAAAAUGUUGGCUUUUCCACUUGGUAGCGUACAUGUUUCUUUUGAGAUUUAAGCUGAACUGUAUAAUAGAAGCUUUAUAAUUCCUUUAUAUGUAUUUUUGGGUACAGUUCUCACAGGUUUUGUAUCUAAUGUUUUAUUUGUGUAUAUAUAUAUACGGUUUUUAGUUUGGAGAUAAUCAUGAACACCUUUGCACCUUCUUCAGUGUCACUACGGCUGUUUCACAAAGUUUUUUUCUUUUCAAAUGAGGUGCCUGAUGGUGUUGUGUUUAUUUCCUCUGUAUAUAGUGCUGUAGAAACAAGUAGGACUAUGCAGAAGCCUAGCUUAACACUACAUAUAAGGCACAAUGCCAGUGUGCUCAAUACAACACACUUUUGCAGUGCUCUUUGUUAAUGGAGGCCUAGAUAAGUUCUCUUCCAUUUAUGUACCACGAAUACUAUAUUGUAUGCACAUAUAAAGGUUGUUGCUCCUAAUUUAAGGCCAAUGUCUCACAAAGCAUGUUAGUCGCCAGUCAUAGAUGCUACCGUAGGCGACUAACCACUCAAAUGCCUUUCCACCUACAACAGGAGUGCUGGUGGAAUGGCCUUCGCAUUGAUUCGGCUUUCCGAAGAUGCCUGCAGGAGGAAACCUGCUGUUACUGGUGAAAAUGGCAUUUUGGAAGUAUAGAAAAUAUUGCUUGAAAUAUUCCAGGCCUGCCAUAUUUGAUAGCUGUUGUAUUUAGAAGCUUUUGCAUUUACAGGAUAAUAUUGAUAGCUGCGAGACUGCAGUUUUAUGCAGUGUCUUUAGUCCAUAGGCUGCAGUAGCAGAGCACUGCCAGCUAUUACUGGUGCUGCACAUAAUACAUUGAUUCCGAAAUGCUGUCACUUGAGACAUGAGCAAGUACUCAAUGGCAGAGACUGUUUGGGCAACUAGGAGAGCUGUACAGUUAUAUAAACUUUCAUUUAAACCAUCCUUUAAAUUAUUUUAAAUUGCUUACAUGUUUUUAACAGUUAAGUAAAAUACCUGUUCUUUGCUUGCCAUCAUUUUUAGACAAAGGCCUAUUUAAAAGCACUUGAUGAUAUAAGAAAGUUGAACAGAAAUGAGGAAUAUUAAUGAAUACAUGAAAAAAAUGUUAAUACAAGGAGUGUUUAUAUUUUAGGCAAGAUAUCAAACUAGCAAACCUCAAGCUGUUUUUCAGCUACAAGGAAUGGAUUCUAGGAGUGGUAAUUUACAGUUAGAGGGCUAAUGGUUGGGCCAUAUUGUUUUUAUGAAUCCCUCUUCCCAUUUGAUUUUAAUCUUGUAUUUAGAUAUUCUUAACAUUCUUGGCUUGUUCUGUCAGAAUCUUUUUAGGAACAGAUAUGAAUUUCUGGCAGUUAUAAAAAUAUUCGGUACGUCAAAAGAAAGGGGUUAUAGAAUAUACACUAGGCAAUUAGAACACAGGCACAUUUAUACAAUGGAAAAAAGCAAAUGUACCUCUAAAUUCUCCAGUUACAGUGGCAAUCAGUGGAUAACUUCCUCAACAACACUGAGUAAGGCAAAUAGCUGUGAAGGAAAUUACAUACGCUCACCAUAUGUAAGUUCCUGAGAUGGACAGCUAGUGGAUUUAGCAGGAGAUCAGGAGAUAAGUUUCUAUGUUUCCUACUAACACCCCUGGAUGUCCAGUCUGUUAUGUGGAGCAAAAAUAGUGGAGAGGUAAUUAGGAUUGGCAAGGCAGUUCUGCUUCAGAAUUCAAAAUAGCUCUGAUCCCUAACUGCUAUGCUUUUUUUUCAAAAGUAUUUUCUAGAAAGUUCCUUUUCUUUCUAUGAUAAAUACACUGCAAUAGCAAAGAACCUUGCUUGAGAAUAAGCAAAUAAUUUGCUUACUCUGGGUUAUUGCACUGGUGCAAAGUUGCACCAACUGUAUGCUAGAUCAGUGUGUAGUGUUAUCUUAAUACUAAGCUCAAGUUCAAAACAUAACAAAAAACACAAUAACAAACAAAAGACAACUUGUCUUGAAAAACAUUCCUGAAGUAAACGUCCCCUUAAAAUGAUUUCCAUUAUGUUCCAUUAGGGUAUGGGAACUCUGCAAUCUCCAUGGGCCAUUGCUUAGUGUUUUCAUCACAAUACAGCAGCAUUGUAAGCAGUGUAAGAUAUCAGACUGGCCAUGCAGAAGUAAAGUACUUACAAUAUUUACGUAUGGUAUGACUUUGGCUAUGUCUUUUAGUUUCAUACAUUCACUUCCAGGACUUUAUUUUCCAUCAGUGAUAGUGAAAGAAAAGUAUUUUUACAGUGCCUCUUAUUGUUUUGUUCUGUAAUUUACCAAAAUCUUAUGUUUCUAUCCAGUGACCUCAUUUGAAAAAAGAACUUUGUGAUAACAUCACUUUGACCUUUGUACAGUUCCUGUAUAGUAAAUUAAACAUCUAAACACUGUUAAGCCUGUGUUGUAAUGUCUAUUUUGUUCAUAUCCUUCAUGCUGUUGCUCUAGAAUUAAAACAUUAGUCUGUGUUUAGUUAUGGUAA